CCGGUAGACCAUCAGACGACCGUCACAGCUCAACAAAAUCGGACUGGCCGGCCUAGCCCGCCCGCGCAUUCUGUGCCAUUUCCCGACUUAGAGUUUGCCCUUGCCACCGCCCCGGUCGCAACCCCGACCCCGACUGCGCAGCAGGCCACACUACCAAAACCGCCGCAUCUAGACCCCGCGGCAGCAUUUCGCUACAGCCCUCGAGUUCUCGAUCUUCUGUCACCGCUUACCUCUGUGCGAUCGGCCCUCUGUCCCCCUAGCACCCCGCGUACGGCCGGACUUGACGAUAUUUCGAUAUCUACCCAUCAGUUCGCCGCGCGGAACAGUUCGCAUCUCGCAAUGACGGACCUAAAUACUCCAGACUCCAUGCCUGCCACCCCCGACGGCUACGUUGGCGAUAGAGACGGACUUGGCAGUCCUACGUCGCCCGGUUCCGCCGACUCUUCCGAGGCUAGCACCCCGCUUGAAGGCCCCUCGGAUCCCCCUUCAGAGGUACCCAAACGUCUACCGUCGCUUCGUACCGUCUCCGAUCCUCAAAACAUGACCCCGUCCUCGACACCAUUGGGCAUGUUGAGCAACGCACGCCGACCGCCUCCUACUGCUUCCAUGAUGAGCAUGGGCGGUGGUGCCAUGAACGAAGUCAUGGCAAGGGCAAGGGCACUUCACGCUCAGCGCAUGGGCAAGCCCGCUGGGUCACAACCUCCUUCCAACAACAUGGCGAGCUCGCCGCAGUCUCCAGUCCCACGACAAGGCUCUCCCGCAGGACUGCCUGGAGGUAUACCUGGAGGGCUGAAGCUGCCUGGAGGCAUGGUUCGGCCGUCUCCUGGCGGUAUGCCCCGCUCCGCCCCCGUCAUCCCAACGAAGCCGUCGCUUGCUGCCAGGCGUGGACCCAUGAUGAAACUCUCAGACAUGGGCGGUGGUCCCUCGCCUGCCUCUCCGACCGCGCCAAAGUUAUCCGAUAUUCACGGCCCCGCCAGUAAUGGCGGUGCGCCCAACGGAACGACGGGAUCCAAGAUGGACGAGUUCAAAAAAUAUAUUGAUUCAGAGAAGGGUUGGAUCACAUUCGACGGCGCUGCAACCAUCACCAAGAACGGUGUCAAUUUUGCCAACGGAACUGCGUUCACCAUCUCGCUGGACGAAGUGGAGGUCUUGGACGAACUCGGCAAGGGUAACUACGGCACCGUCUACAAAGUCAGGCACACAAAGCCUAGAGUACCGAGGUUUGGGUCUGGUUUAGGCGGCUUCAAGAACCCGAACCUGAACUCGUCCCAGUCCGACCCGUCACCCAUUCGCAAUGCUGAUCAAUCGAUUGAUUCAUCGCCAGUAUCAGCAUCCACCGAAGGUACAGGGAGGGUGAUGGCGAUGAAGGAGAUCCGAUUAGAACUGGAAGAAGCAAAGUUCACGACCAUUCUCAAGGAGCUCAUCAUUUUGCACGAGUGCAUAUCGCCCUACAUUAUCGACUUUUACGGAGCCUUCUUCCAAGAAGGCGCGGUCUACAUGUGCAUCGAGCAUAUGGAUGGUGGAUCAAUCGACAAGCUGUAUGACGGUGGUGUUCCCGAAGGUGUACUACAAAAGAUUACCUACUCUACGGUGAUGGGACUCAAGUCCUUGAAGGAUGAACACAACAUUAUUCACCGGGAUGUCAAACCUACCAACAUCCUGGCCAAUACUAGAGGCCAAGUCAAGAUUUGCGAUUUCGGCGUGAGCGGAAAUCUUGUUGCGAGUAUCGCCAAGACCAACAUUGGUUGCCAGAGUUACAUGGCUCCUGAACGUAUUUCCGGAGGAGGUAUGACGGCCGGUGCUGAUGGCACAUACAGCGUACAAAGUGAUAUCUGGAGUCUCGGUUUGACGGUCAUUGAAUGUGCCCUGGGACGAUACCCCUAUCCGCCAGAGGUAUCGUCAACAAUCUUCAGCCAGCUGAGCGCUAUCGUUGAGGGAGAGCCCCCAGGCCUGCCCGAAGAGGGAUUCUCCAGUACUGCACACGACUUCGUUCGCAAGUGUCUAAACAAGAUUCCGAAGGAUCGUCCUACCUAUGCGGCGCUGCUUCAACACCCUUGGAUGACGCCCUUUUCUAAGAUCGAGACAAUUACCGAGGAGGCCGAAGAGGGAGAGGAGGCUGAAGCUGUUGCAGAUGCUGUUGGCAAGCUCUCCCUCUCGUCUGGCACCGAGGAUGAAGAGGUUGCCAACUGGGUCAAGUCGGUGUUGGAGCGGAAGCGUGCGGGCCUCAUCGCCCCGGCAGCCCGACCGGCAUUGCAUGCUGCUCCGUUGCAGUCGCCGACCGCGAGCCCUCUUGCCGGAACUGGUGGCAUCCUGGAGUAG